AGUUUGUUUCGUCGUGGUGUGUAUACUUACAUUCAUCGGUACUUUUUAUGACGUUUUACUGCGUUAUAAAGUCUUACGUAAGACUAGCGAUGAGAACAGUGAUAGAAACACAAUAACGUUGUCAACGCUGAGAUCAAACAGUAAGCUCGAUAAUAAAAUUACCAUUUCAAAAUUAUGGACUGUGAAGACUCACAACGCUUCUUUGGAUGUGCGCGAUGCAAACAUCACGCCGAAACCUUGGUCAGAGGCGUUGCUGUCCUUCAGUUUAUUCGUGAAUAUAUCCAAGCUUUGCAGUCUGGACGUUGGCAUUGACACUUUAGCGCCCGUACAUGGCUUGCGAUUUUAUUCGAUGCUCUGGGUGAUUCUGGUGCAUACAUGCUUGAUAUCCAAUCAAAUCUCAGAAAACAAGACUUUCCGAAACGUAGUCGAGAAAGACUUUCUCUAUCAGACCAUCGGUAACAGCAUAUAUUCCGUGGAUACGUUUUUCUUCGUCAGCGGAUGCUUGGUGACGUUUCUCUAUUACCGCACUAUGGCAAAUAAAAAGAUACAAGAGAAAAAAGUGACGAAGGGCUGUCUGGGUCAGGUUCUGCAGUUUUUGGCGAUGAUAUGGUACAGAUAUUUCCGCUUGACUCCGAUUUAUCUGUUGGUGAUUGGUUUGCUCCAGGUGUUGAUGAAGUGGUAUCACGAUCACUCCAUGAUCGAAUUACCCACUGCACUGGAUUAUGAGACGUGCGAAAAAUUCUGGUGGAGGAAUGCCCUUUACAUAAAUACUUAUUUCAACGUGCCCGAGCGAUGCAUGGCCUGGAGUUGGUACCUGACGAACGACACGCAGUUCUACAUCGUGGGCACAAUCAUCCUGAUAAUCGGAGCAAACUUUCUACCGGCGGCCAUAUUCAUCGUCGCUUUCUUUUUGAUCGGCUCAUGGGUCACGACGGCGCUAAUUACUUUACACACGGGACACAUGCCAAGCAUUCAAGAUCCGUUCGCUCACUACGAGAGUAUUUACGAUAAACCAUGGACAAGGAUAGGACCGUAUCUCAUAGGAAUGAUUACCGGAUGGUACCUUUUCAAGAUCAACUGCAAGGCGAAUAUGCAGAAAGUUAUCGUUGUAUUCAGUUGGUCCCUUUCCCUAAUUAUCCUGACGAGUAUAAUAUAUGGAUUACAUGAAACUACUUUUGGACCGAUAUUGUCUGUGUUAUACACAGCGCUGUCGCAUUCCGCCUGGGCGAUAUGCUUGGCAUGGAUCUUGAUCGCUUGCGUUACCGGUUACGGUGGUUUGGUGAAUCGUGUCCUUUCCUGGAAGUAUAUGUAUCCGGCCUCCAGAUUGACAUAUUGCACCUAUCUAGUGCAUCCUCUGCUUAUAAGAAUCGUAAUUCUACAGGGAGAACGUUCGUGGUAUCUCUCGCGCAGUUUCUUGGCGGUGCUAUUUUUUGGAAAUGUGGUGAUAUCAUACACCGUGUCGCUAUUUCUCAGUCUGCUCUUCGAGGCACCAGUGGUAUCUCUGUUGCGAAUUAUUCAUCCCUUGAGAGAGUGGAAGCAAUUAUAAUGUAGUUUCUGCAUCAUCGGUAUAAAGAGUAAUAAAAAGUUAAAGACUAUAGACUAUAUAAGACAAAAAUUAUAUUUAGCUUAUAUGUAUAUAUA